AUUCUGUACCAACCUAUGUAGGUAUGUAACAUUAGGUAAUAAUCAAUCGAACCAACCAAACCAAUCAAUCUCGCGACUCGGCUUAAGCUGGUUAUGGUUACAUUCAACCAAGAUCUGUCUCACCCCCUACGCCCUGACGCCCUAACGUCCUAACGUCCUAACGCCCUAAGAGCCUCAAUCCGAACUACAACACCGUACAAUUGUCUUCUUCAGCAUUAAGAAAUUAUUACCGGAACAAGCAAGCAUAUGAGCUAGGCCACCUCAUAAUGCUGGUCGGUAGUCCCCGAACCGCGCAGCUCUGCCUCCGGGCUGCAGCGUCCGCAAGGCUCGUCUAUCCGAGGCUUAUCCAAGUCCCUCGUCCCACGAUACGACUCGACCGUACCGAUACACCAUCGCGAUUCCUCCCCCGACUCAACUCCAGAUCCUUCAUUAUUUCACAACGAUAUCUUGCCGAACCUCCCAAGAGUCAAGACCCUGUUGCCGUUGCCGUAGCCACCGCUACGACCCCAGUCCCACCCGAGCACCCCACAUCCUCCACCCCUAACUCUCUCCACCGCCGCCGCCGCCGAGGUAUCUACUACUCCGCCAUCUUCCUACUCAUCGGCAUAUCCCUCGGCACCCUAAUCCGCUUGUCCCUAGCCCCUCCCGCGCCCUUCCCCCACGGCUCUCCUCAGGACCAAUACCACGUCUCCAAGAUCCGGGACGAAGGCUCCGCGCUCCCGCUCGUGCGCGCACUAUCCUCCGACCCAACCUGGAAAUCCUGGGAUGCGUACUCCGGCGCGCAAUCCACGACCGUGGUACAAUCGCGCCUGACUUCCGGGCCUCUAGGCGGUUCCCACGGCAUACCUUUCCAGCGCGUGUUUCGAAAUACUAAGACCAACGAGGUCAUCAGCGUGAUGUACCUCGGCACCGCGACGGCGGGCUGGCCGGGUGUUGUUCAUGGCGGAGCACUGGCGACGCUGCUGGAUGAGAGCUUAGUUCGGUGCGCAGUGCUACUAUUUCCCGCACGCACAGGGGUUACCGCCCGUCUUGAACUCCAAUACCGUGCGCCUACGUUGACUUCCGCUUUUUACGUUAUUCGCGCCCAACCAAUGAUCCGCGAGGGAGAGGACCCGUCCAAGAGCGAUCGUAAGAUGUGGGUUGAAGGUACACUAGAGACACUUCAUGGGAAGAUCUGCGUAGAGGCCAAAGCUCUAGCUGUUGUGCCCAAGGGCGUUAAGCUAAAACCGCUUGUUGAAGAAUUCUAGGGCGGUACGUUAGUGGUACAUUAGGCAAGUUCACAUAGCCUUUGAGGUGACUUUCCCGAAGGUAGUAAGGAGAUGAUAACCUCAUCCAGCAUCCACGGGCGUUUUGGCACAAGGGGUAAAUGAAAGACGAUACCAGAGCAUAAAGCUGUUUUUCGCUAUCUUAAGAAAUAUCUAUCAUAGAACAUAGUUACACAUGCAAUGGGGACACGUUCCUAACAUGUCUCCACCAUUCCCGUUUACAACCUC